UGCUUUGCUUUAGUUGAGAAUUGGCUACAAAGCGUAUACGUAUUGAGGUUUGGUCCAUUUCCCUCAAUUCAGAGCUUUGUAACAGAACAAUUUUUUCCGCACAGAAAAAAAUCUUUAUAACAGAAACUUACAUUGAAAUUUAGUGAUAAAAUAAAAUUAAGCAUUAAAAAUAAAUUAGAAAAAAAUUAUGUUAACAUAAAAUCGAAAAAACUUUUUUUUAUUUUCUCUCACAUUAAUUUUGAGAUAUUUUUUUCCGCUGAUAAAUUUUUUUUCUUUUUUGCAACGAAACGAAAAAGUCAACAACAAUCGAUUUCCAAACACUUGUGGAUGUCAAUGUCCAAGUGCACACGUUUUCAUAAGAACUUUCUGAAUGAAACACAUUUUCCAAUUAGAGGAGAAACUAUGAGAUCGUGAUUCUUGAAACAACUCUUAGAACCAGUUGGAUCAAACGCAAAGAGAGGGUGAAGAGAUUCUUUCAAGAUGAGAUACAAGGUAAACGACCCGGAAAGUAAUGACAGAAGUUCAGAUGGCAUCAAAAUUGGUGCGGAAGCUUCAUGGCAGUACAAUGAAAAAAGUUCAAAUACGAAGGAAACAAAACUCAUAAUAGUUGUUGGAUUAUUAGCUGUCGCUGUAAUUGCACUUGUCGCUACUUUAACAAUACAAAUGGCUGUUUUUCGAAAGGAGGAAUACAAAGAAAUGUGCCAAAGCGAAGAGUGCAUAAACACCGCCUCUAAAAUAUUGGACGCAAUGAAUAAAACAGUAGAUCCUUGUCAAGAUUUCUACCAAUUUGCCUGUGGUGGAUGGAUUGAUAAGCAUCCGAUUCCACAAAGUCAAGCAGCUUGGGAUCAAUUGAGUCUUAUAAGAGAAGAACUAAUACAAAAAUUGAGAAUACUUUUAGAGGAACCUGACAGAAGUGACGAUCUCAGACCUGUAAAACUAGCUCGAAGUCUUUAUAGAACGUGCAUGGAUACUGCUAGUGUAGAGGCUCUUGGACUGAAACCAAUAUUAGAGAUUCUCAAAAGAAUUGGACUGACAGGUGAGAUCCCAGUGGGCAAUGAUACAGAAAUCAUGAACAUUGCUGAACUAUCAGGAAAAUCGCAGAGAAUCAUAGGUUUCAAUAUGUUAGUCAAUUUCUACAUCAGUGAAGAUGUGAGAAAUACUUCGAGAAACAGAAUGAUGAUAGAACAAGCAUCACCAGGCAUCAGCGAACGAUAUCUAUUAAAUAAAAAACGAUUCGAAACGGAAUUAACAGAAUAUAAAAAAUACGUAAUUGCCAUGCUGGAAUUAGCGGGAGCUGGAGAAAAAAGUUCUGAUCUAGCUAAUGAGAUUUUAGACUUCAGUACUCAAAUUGCCAAGAUUAUGUCGACACAAGAAGAGCGACGAAGUGAAAAUCACUUUUUCCACGAUGUAACGAUCAAUGAAUUACAACAGCUCACUGACCUUCAUGCUCAAAAAUGGAACUGGACGAGUUACGUGAAUGCAAUUUUUAAUAAUACAAAUGUCACAAUAGACACAAAUGUCGACAGAGUAAUUGUUAUGGAUUUACUCUAUUUGCAAAAAUUACCGAAACUUUUGGCAGAAACACCUCCAGGAACAAUAGCUCGAUUCCUCUGGUGGAAUAUCUACUCGACAGUUGCACCUCUCACAUUACAAAAAUUCCGAGAUUUGGGUUUCCAAUUUUCGCAAAAAGUCUUUGGAUUAAAGGAGAAAACUCCCAGAUGGAAGGGUUGCACCGGAAAUGUGAAUUCAAACUUUGGCAUGGCUCUUAGUUAUAUUUAUGUUCAGAAAUAUUUUAACGAUCAAGCUCGUGAUAAGGCUCUAGAAAUGUUAUUGGAUAUUAAAACUGCUUUCGAUGAAAUGGUAGCCGAAUUAGAUUGGAUGGAUAGCACAACAAGGGCUCGAGCUCAUAAAAAAUUGCAAGCUAUUAGACCGUUUGUUGCUUUUCCCGAAUGGAUCAAAAAUCCGGACAAGUUAAACAAGCUAUACGAGGGAGUGGACAUAAUUCCAGGAAAGUUAUUCGAAACAUUUUUGAAACUCACCGACAGGGAAAUAACAAAGAGUCUAAAUAAUUUAAGACAAACGCCAAAUAAAGACAGAUGGAUAACAACCUCAACGACAGUAAAUGCUUUUUACAGCGCAAUUCUCAAUUCAGUCACUUUUCCAGCAGGAAUACUAAGUCCUCCAUUCUAUGGCAAUGGAUUAGAGUCAAUAAAUUACGGUGCCAUAGGAGCGAUAAUGGGUCACGAGUUAACGCACGGAUUUGACGACCAAGGUCGUAGAUACGACGAAAACGGUAAUCUAAGACAGUGGUGGAGCGAUGAAACAUUGCAACAUUAUCACAAGAAAGUCGAAUGUAUCAUCAAGCAAUACAGUAAUUAUCAUUUACCGGAGCUAGGUACCAAUUUUACAGUAAACGGAUUUAAUACUCAGGGUGAAAAUAUAGCUGAUAAUGGAGGAAUAAGGGAAGCUUACAGAGCUUAUCAAAGAUUAAAAGCUAGAAGUCCAAAUCAACAAGGUUUGCCUGGUUUGGUAGAUUACAGUCAUAAUCAACUUUUCUUCCUCGGGUUUGCGCAGACAUGGUGUGGAAAUUAUACAAACGGUGCAUUAAAAUCAAAAUUAGUCGAGGGAGUACACGCUCCAAAUCAUUUUCGAGUAAUUGGAACAUUGUCCAACAAUAUCGACUUUGCUAACGCUUGGAAAUGUCCCGUGGGAAGUCCAAUGAAUCCUCACCACAAAUGUAUUUUAUGGUAGAACGUACGACGAAAAAACAACCCGAAGAUAAAAAUGAUAAUAAUCAAUUAAAAAUACUUAAAUAGAAAAUUUGUUACUAACAUUCCUCAAAAAUCCAAA